UUCCCAGGGAAAGGAGGGACCGUCGCGAAAUUCCUCACCCGGGACGCAGCCGAAAACAAGUGUUUAUUCUGUAGGGAUACUUUUGAAAGUUUGAACUACAACUCCCAGCCUCCCCAGCGUUGCUUUUCUCCUCCUCUUUCGGGGCGGGUCCGGGUCUCAGCUGAUUCGGAGCCAAACCCGAACCGGCGCCGGAGGGAAAGGAAAGCAAACCGGGACGGUGCCUGGCUUCCAGUUCCUAGGCUUGCAAACAAAAGAGCCCAGAAAGGGAACAUAGGCUUUGUCCCUUUAAGCCUGGUGUCGCGAUGUCUCUCCCGAGUAACGUCUCCGUCCUCUGCCCCAACGGGUCCCGGUGGGUGAUGGAGGUUUUCAACGAGUGCGCCCAGGACGGGUGGGACCUGGCCAGCGUCGUCCUGGGACUCGUCUCCAUCCUUUGCUUUGCCGGCGCUUCUUUCCCGCAGUUCUACCUGUCCUGCAAGACGGGGAUGAUGGACCAGGCGCUGUCACUCUACUUCCUGCUGGGCUGGCUGGGAGGAGACUCCUUGAACCUCAUUGGCUCCUUCUUGGCCGACCAGCUGCCACUCCAGGUCUACACGGCCAUCUACUACGUCCUGGCGGACCUGCUUAUGAUCUCCCUCUACGUUUACUACAAGGUCAAGAACCAGAACAGGACCCUAUCGGCCUCCAUCAACGCGGUCUUCGCUUCCAUCCUCCUCUUCGGAUCCGUCUCGGCCUUUUCCUCCCUGGACCGUUUGGAUGCUCCUCUGGGCGAUGGGACCCCCGUGGCCUUCAAAGGGAGGGCCCUCCUGGCCUUGCCCGAAGACCCCCCAGGGUGGGAGCCGUUCACCCGGAAGGAAAUCAUUGGCUUCGUCGUUGGGUCGGUCUCCGCGGUGCUGUACUUGAGCUCCCGCAUCCCCCAGAUCUACACCAACUUCAGGAGGAAAUCCACCACCGGGAUCUCUUACUCGCUCUUUGCUCUGGUGAUGCUGGGAAACACUCUGUACGGGCUCAGUGUCCUGAUGAAGAACCCAAACCCGGGACAGUCAGAGGGGAACUACGUAAUCCAUCACCUCCCCUGGCUGGUCGGGAGCCUGGGCGUCCUCUCCCUCGACAUCGUCAUUUCCUUCCAGUUCCUGGCCUACCGCCAAGGGAGGGCGUUGGUGCAAAUGGAAGAGGAGGAAGCGCUGCUCCGAGAGGAAGAUCCCAUAGAAAGCGGGCGGACGUGACCAGGACUCAAGAUCCUUCUUCCUCUUCCUCCUUUGGGAAUGGACACAGCUUCGCCUUGGGAGACAUAGUCGUCCGAACGGAAAAAAAUGGUGCU